CAGCCCUGCCUGCUGCCCAGCGGAAAGGGGAGGAUGGGCACCGGGGACUUCAUCUGCAUCUCCAUGACCGGAGGGGCGCCCUGGGGGUUCCGGCUGCAGGGAGGCAAGGAGCAGCAGCAGCCCCUGCAAGUGGCCAAGAUCCGCAGCCAGAGCAAAGCGUCGGGCUCCGGGCUCUGUGAGGGGGACGAAGUGGUCUCCAUCAACGGCAACCCGUGUGCGGACCUCACCUACCCGCAGGUCAUCCGGCUCAUGGAGAGCGUGGCGGACUCGCUGCACAUGCUCGUCAAACGACCUUCCGGUGGAAUAAGUGAGACUUUGGCCUCCGACACCGAAAACCAAACCCCUGCGCAUCUCCCCGCCGAGGGGUGCGUGGAAAGCACCACCCUGCACGUCCGCCCGGCCACACACAGCCAGGACCCCGAGCGCCGCCUCGCCCCCCGCCAGAGCGGCACCCCCCUCGCUGAGAACCUGGAAAGCGGUCCCGCUUUUUCUGGGAGCAAAAAAGAAGAAGAAACGGGCCUGCGUUACACCGAGGCUCCCCACACGCCUGGCCCCCCGGGAGGACGCUCGGCAGAGGAGGCUGUCUUGCUGGAGAGGAAGGCAGACGUGGGCUGGCCAGGCCCUGUGGUUGAGCUACAACUGUCCCUGUCUCAGGACGUACGCACGGGCCCUGGGGCCCCCGCCGUGGCUCUCCCGGGAGCUGCAAAACCUGAGAGUCCUGACCCAGAUCCUAACUUACACCCGGGCGGGACUGUCCACGUAAAUGCAGCCCCCACUAGUGAGAAAGGGGAGGCCUGUCUGAGGUCCAGCAAGAUCAUCCAGAUCUGCAGGGGCCAAGAGCUGCGAGUGGUCCAGGGGGCGGCCGCCGGGGCCGCGGGGCUGCCCAGGGUGGAAGUGAUCCUGGACUGCGCUGACGGGCAGCUGGCGGGAGGGUGCCGGCUGCAGGCGGGGGCGGGGCGUGUGGAUUCCCCGCUGGAAGGAGGGCAGUCCGAAGCACCUCCUUCUCUGGUCGCCUUUGCCGUCUCCUCAGAAGGCACGGAGCAGGGGGACGACCCGCGCGGGGAAAGGGAUCACAGCAGACCACACAAGCACAGAGCGCGCCACGCACGGCUGCGGAGGAGCGAGAGCCUCUCGGAGAAGCAGGUGAAGGAGGCCAAGUCGCGAUGCCGCAGCAUCGCGCAGCUGCUGACGGCCGCGCCCAGCCCGCACUCCCGCGGGGUGCUGAUGUUUAAGAAGCGGCGGCGGCGCGCCCGGAGGUUCACGCUGGUCAGCUACGGGACCGGGGAGCUGCGGCGACCGGAGGACGCGGGGGACCCCGAGGACGAGGGCUGGGACAGCGCCUGGGAGGCCGCGCUGCUGGGCGCCAGCGAGUCCGACGCGGACGAGGAGCUGCCGUCCGACACCGACGACAGCGCGCAGGUCGUGGCCUUCGACUGGGAUUCCGGACUCGGGGACAUUGAGAAGAAGCUGAGCGCGGGGGACAAGAUGGAGAUGCUCCCCGACACGUCGGGCAAGGGGGCGCUCAUGUUCGCCAGGAGGAGGGAGCGGAUGGACCAGAUCUCGGCCCAGCAGGAGGAGGGCGGGGCGCGCGCGGGGGCGCAGGCCGAGGCGCACGACGGCCCGAGCGCGGUGACCUCCUACCGGCGGACGGAGGAGGCGACGGUGAGCGGCCAGAGCUCCGUGCGCAGGAGCUACAUCGAGGUGAGCCAGGGCCCUGGCCUCGCACCCCAGCACAACGGCUUCGGGGCGGUGCCCGGCCCCGCGGAGGCCCCGCGGAUGGCGCCCAUGAACAGGACGGCCCGGCCCUUCCCGGGGUCCGGGGCCCAGCCUGCGGCCGCCUUCUCCCCACCCCGCAGCGUGGCGAGCCCCACGGCCGACUUCCCCGCGCCGCCGCCCUACUCCGCGGUCACACCGCCCCCGGGGGGCCCGGCCCGCGCGGCCACUAGCCCCCCGGCCGGCCCCGCGCAGCCCCCGCCGUGGCCGCAGCCCGCGCCCUGGCACCCGGAGCGCAUCGCGUCCCGCGACGAGCGCAUCGCCGUGCCCGCCAAGAGGACGGGCAUCCUGCAGGAGGCCAAGCGCAGGAGCACCACCAAGCCCAUGUUCACGUUCAAGGAGCCCAAAGUGAGCCCGAACCCCGAGCUCCUGUCGCUUCUCCAAAACGCGGAGGGCAAGCGCGGCGCGGGGGCCGACUCGGGGCCGGAGGAAGACUACCUCAGCCUCGGGGCGGAGGCCUGCAACUUCAUGCACGGCGGCGCCGCCAAGCAGAAGACGCCCCCGCCCGUGGCCCCGAAGCCCGCAGUCAAGGCCUCCUCCUCCCAGCCCGCCACUCCCGUGUCUCCAGUGUCUCCAGUCUGGUCGCCGGGCGUGGGUCCAGCCCAUCCGCCUGCCUUCCCCAGGGCCCCCCCCUUACAGGGCUCCGUUGCAUCAUCCAUCAAAAUAGCCCAGCCGUCUUACCCUCCUGCCAGGCCCGCCAGUGCCCUCAACCUGGCCGGCCCCUUCAGAGGCCCCCAGGCGGCGGUGGCCAGCGUGAACCACACAUCCAAGCCAGCGGCCCCCACUCCCGCAGGGAGCGCCUCGCACGUGGGCGCCGCGGGGCCGCCCAGCGAGCUUCCCGGGAUGCAGGGGAAAGGGGCCCAGCUCUUUGCCAAAAGGCAGUCGAGGAUGGAGAAGUACGUGGUGGACUCGGACACCGUGCAGGCCCACGCCGCUCGCGCCCAGUCCCCCACGCCGUCGCUCCCCGCCGGCUGGAAGUACUCCUCCAACGUGCGAGCGCCGCCCCCUGUGGCCUACAACCCCAUCCACUCGCCCUCCUACCCGCUGGCGGCUGUCAAGUCCCCGCCGUCGGCCCCGCAGGCCUCCAAAGCCGGCAAGAAGAAGGGCAAGAAGCCCCUCAACGCUCUGGAUGUCAUGAAGCACCAGCCCUAUCAGCUCAGUGCGUCCCUGUUCACGUUCCAGCCUCCAGACGCCAAGGCAGGCCUCCCCCAGAGGCCCCCCGCCAAGGCCGGCUCCGGGCCGGCCCCCAAGCAGGCGCUCCCGCCCCGGGCCGUCAAUGCCAGCUCACCCACCAACGCACAGGCCGCGUCCGUGUACUCGCUGCCGGCCUACAGCCCCCAGCCGGCCUUCUUCCCCGAGGCCACCUCUCCGGUCAGCGCAUCCCCGGUGCCCACGGGCGUCCCCGGCUCCCCAAAGCAAGAGUCGGCCUCCACGUCGUAUUUGGUGGCACCGAGGCCCAAGUUCUCGGCCAAGAAGAGUGGCGUCACAGCGCAGGUGUGGAAACCCUCGAUCGCGGAAGGGUAAUCUUGCGGCGGAAGCCCGGUGUCCACUCUGCUUGAAGCGAUGGUUUGCAGUGUUACUUGAGUCCCCGAGAAUGCUUAGCGAGUCCUCCACUUACUUAAUUUCAGAUGCCGCCUCCCACUGUGGGUCCAAGGAGCACGCUGUGGUCAAUGAGUCAAAAAUCCAACUCAGAUGGACUGCAACCAAAUUGAUCUUCUUUGCGCACUUAAAUCUGGGGACAGCCCACAUAGCCACGUGCCAUGAUAUUAAGUGAGCAGAUGCUUAGGGUCCGUGUGUUAGCUGAGACAGGCAGUGGCCAGUGACCAGCGUUAUCCCCCAUCUGGCCCAGCCCUGCUCCCGGGCGAAGGGCUGUCACGAGCACAUGACACACACUGGCUGAGGUUUCCUUUUGAAGUGGUGUUUUAUCUCUGUUACUAGUGUUUAGGGGUAAGAAACGUACCGAGGGCAGGGGUCAGCUCCGGUCCCCACCUCGGCCACGGGGUGAACUGCGGAGAAGGCUCCUGGGACUGCUGGCAGGUGCAGGGUUAGUUAGGGGUGAGAGAGGGCAUUGUCACUGCUGAGCACUGGAGGUGUAUUCGCUUCCUUGCCAGGUGUCAGACGAUAUGGAGACGGGAUGGGGGAGAGGGAUGGCGGAGAGGGAUAAUUGCCCUUAGCCAGCGAUUCCCACCUCCCCCAUCACUCAGGAGACUAAGCAAGCACUCCUCCGGGGUUUUUCGGGGUGGAGGCAGGCCGUGGAGGAAGGUAGGAAGAUGGGCGGGCCUCGGAUGCAGGUCCACGUGACAGGUGUCUUCCAGAGACCACGUGACUGGAGAGAGAGGGUGCUGGUGGAGCAGCAGGACUGGUGUGUGCAGGCCAAAGGGUGAAUGCACCCCGAGAUUAGCACCAUUUCCCAGCGACCUCACACACUUCUUUUUCCUGUGUUUCUUUUGCUUUUUUGACAACUGCUCCUCCCACUGUGCCUUGCGGUUCUAAUCUCGCACCUUCACGUUAUGAUUUACCUUUGACGGACCAGGAGGAUUCCGACAAGGUUACCUUGUGGGUAGGGAUUGGUCACACCCUGCCAUCCCCCAGCUGGCCGCGGAGUUAGCCACGUGGCUGACAGGAACCCAAAGACCUUGCUCAUAGCUAUUUUAAGUCCGAGUCUGAGCAACGUUGGAAACUAUUCAGCGUGAAUUCGGGUAGAUCACAAAGCACUUCUGGCGGCUCCAGGGGGAACAUCACCCCACACAGGAGACGUGUUAGAGACGCUCAGGAAGACAUGCCUGGGUUCGGGGACGAGGCCCCAGUGUGAUCCGCGAGGACGUCUGCGCGCCUUUUCUCUGCUGUCACUGUCGCCUGCUCUCUCCCACCAUCCUAUUAAAAUGUUACUUUCUUCUUCA